AUGCUACAGUACAUUGUAGGUGGUGAGGUCAGCAGGAUAGCACAACAACAAGCGAGGUGUAUGAUGGAGACCUACCGACCAUUGAAGACAAAAGAAGCACCAAUUGAAUUACGUAUUAUCCUCAAGGAUGAUAUUCCAGUUGCUCAACGACCCCGUAAACUAGCAUUAAAGGAACAAGAAGAGCGGAAAGCGAAGACCAAGCUU